GAUAUCUGACAUGACACAAUAGUGUAAUGAAAAGUGUUGUCAUUGUGAAGUUCUUGUGAACAAGUCGGGAUGAUGGGUUUGACGAAAACAAGCGCUUGCAGCGUUGUGUUGCUACUUGUCGUGGCCAUUGAUACAGGGUUCUCGAAUCCCCUAAAAUCAAAAGAAUCCUGGGGAUAUGUUGAUGUACGCGAGGGGGCACAUAUGUUCUGGUGGCUUUACUAUGCUGACAGCCCGUCCGCCAGCUACUCCCAGCUGCCUCUCGUGAUGUGGCUGCAGGGAGGUCCGGGAGGAUCAGGCUGUGGCUUCGGGAACUUUGAAGAGAUCGGACCCCUGGACAGAGACCUUGAGCCUAGGAAAAACUCCUGGGUUCAGUACUCCAGUGUAUUGUUCGUUGACAACCCGGUAGGAACAGGCUUCAGCUACACGGACUCAGACGAGGCCUUCGCUACUGACGUGGCUACGGUCGCCUCCGACAUGCUGGUGCUGCUCAAACAGUUCUUUAACAAGGAGGAACAGUUCCAGAGCGUGCCCUUCUACAUAUUCUCAGAGUCCUAUGGAGGGAAGAUGGCUGCCGCGAUCUCGCUGGAACUCACUAAGGCCGUAGAAAAAGGAACCCUGAAGUGUAACUUUGCCGGAGUGGCUCUGGGAGACUCUUGGAUUUCUCCACUGGACUCUGUUAUGACCUGGGGUCCUUAUCUGUACAGCACGUCCCUGCUAGAUGACUACGGCCUGCGGGAGGUGAGCAGUGCAGCGGAGGCGGUGAAGCAGGCGGUGGAUCAGGGGCAGUACCUGAAGGCCACAGAGCUCUGGUCUGUCACUGAGAGUGUCGUGGAACAGAACACAAACGGAGUCAACUUCUACAACAUCCUCACCCAGGAACCUGAUGAGAUGUCCUCCGUGGCUGGAGAAGGAUUCCUCUCCCUGCUGAUGCGGCACCACAUUAGCCCCCUCCACCGCCAAUCACUGAGCCAGUUGAUGAACGGGCCAAUCAGGAAGAAGCUGGGAAUCAUCCCUCAGAACGUCACCUGGGGAGGUCAGGCUGAGGCAGUGUUCAGCAGCAUGUCAGGUGACUUCAUGAAGCCAGUGGUGGAUGUGGUGGAUCAGCUGUUGGAUGCUGGGGUCAACGUCACUGUCUACAACGGACAGCUGGACCUCAUAGUGGACACCAUGGGUCAGGAGCAAUGGGUGAAGCAGCUGAAGUGGGUGGGGCUCCAGAGCUUCAGCCAAAUGAAAUGGACUGCCCUUGACGACCCUGCCUUCCCGGGGGUGACCGGCGCCUUCUACAAGACCUACAAGAACUUCUCCUUCUACUGGAUCCUCAAGGCUGGUCACAUGAUCCCCUCGGACCAGGGACCCAUGGCACUGCAGAUGCUGAAGAUGAUCACACAGCAGGACUGACAAACACACACACACACUAGAGCUGGACGAUAUGGAGACAAACAAAUCCAGAUUGUGAUAUAUUUCCAAAAUUUUUUUUGCAAUAUUGUUAAAUCAGUUAUUUUGGGGGGAGGUGUGCUAAAGCCGGACCACAUGGACUAAAAGUCCUAUCUGAUGAAUGGAACUACUGUGUUUAAUGGUUAGUUACUUUACACUAGCAAAGAGCUAAUAAGAGCAUCUUCUGUAAGAUGAGGGAAUGAGAGCAUCUGCUAAAUGACACAUUUUUAAAUGUAAAUUAGCGGCAGGGCUCUAGACGGUGUGUUUCCAGGGCCAGGUAAGACAACUGAGAUGGUAGACUACCAUUCAAAAAGUAAGAUAUUCCCAUGCCACAUAUCCAGGGAAGGAGUAGUUGAUGUGCAACCUGUCAAAAGGAUCCACAAUGAUCACAUUUAUUUUUGGCCUCUUCAGAGAAUUGGCUGACAUCUUUGUGCAUAUUGGCCUGUAGGCGAUAUGAUUCACCACCUGAGGAAGGGCGACAUCAAAACACUAAACUAGAUAACUAACUGUAGACAUGAUAUUGUUGCUAGGUAACCAUGUAGGCUGAUGUCCUACAGGAACUUCCCAGCUCUAGGCUACUUGAUGUAGGUCUUAUUCACUGCGAAUGGUGCGCUCCACGAGAAGGGUGUAAUUGCGGCUCGCAAUUCUGGGCGUUACUGCAUGUGGUCAUUCCUUCAUCUGCAGGAACCUCUCUUUUUUAAUAGUUCUAUUGGGCCAUUAUUAAGUUAGGACUGUGAUAGACAGGCGGGAGGCGGGGGUGAGCCAGUUCAGUGGCUCAGUUCAGUGGCUCAGUUCAGUGGCAUCGACGUCGAUGGCAGGUGUUUGGCAGGCGGGAGAGAAGGACACUGUGCUAGCUAGGACUCCUUUACAUAAGGCAGGAGAGAAGGACACUGUGCUAGCUAGGACUCCUUUACAUAAGGCAGGAGAGAAGGACACUGUGCUAGCUAGGACUCCUUGACAUAAGGUGGGAGGCAGCGGUAACUGGUUGCUAGCUAGCUAGCUAGGACACAGUUUCGUUUGCCCCUCAUCAUCAAGGCUAACCUACUUCAUGGUGAUUUGUUUGAAAACCAGAUUAAAACCAGUCAUGUUGUGUUCAUGGCACAUUAAAAGGUCAUACAUUUUCACAGUUAAAUGACAUGUCUUCACACACAGGAAGUCCCGUGAAGAAAACAUGUCUCCUUAUGGAAAUCAAAUGCCAGUCCAACUGAUUCAUCCUGGUGCCAGCCCUGAGGGACAGGUAGAGUUUUCAUAGCAGGAAACAACAACAAUGCAUAGACUAUUACUGUUGACCAGGUAAUGGUUCUAGAACAAUCCACAGGAACGUUGUGUAGCAAAAUCCCCCCCAAAGAAUGGUUCUAGAACAAUCCACAGGAAUGUUGUGUAGCAAAAUCCCCCCAAAGAAUGGUUCUAGAACAAUCCACAGGAAUGUUGUGUAGCAAAAUUCCCCCCAAAGAAUGGUUCUAGAACAAUCCACAGGAACGUUGUGUAGCAAAAUCACCCCAAAUGUAGUCAAAACUAUUUGGUAUGAGGAAGAUGGUGUCUGUAAUUUUUGGUUUAUCGUCCCAGCUCUAGUACGUGCACGCACACACACACACACACACACACUCUGAUGCCAGCUGGAAUGGCUCUGUCAGAUAAGGCAAUCAGGAAGAAUCACCAAAUCUAACCGACUGCUCAGUCCAGCAUCAUAGAUAGAUUGAUCUCUAUCUCGUACCAUUACUGAUGACCAACUGCUCAGUCCCACAUCAUCCAUACUGUACCAUUAUCCACCACAAAAUCUGCUUCCAGACUGGUGCACUAUAUAGGGAAUAGGGUGCCAUUUCAGAUUGUACACUAUAUAGGGAAUAGGGUGCCAUUUCAGAUGGUGCACUAUAUCAGUGUUCAGCUCGUCUCUUGCAGCAGUAGCUCUGGUCCAGGGUGUUUUUUUCCCCCGGCUUUGCUCUUCACUAUUGGAAGACAAUGGUGAGAGAGCAGCUGAAAGACACCCUGCACCAGAGCUACUACAGAGAAUACGGACUGGUACUCAAGAUCUGUUGAUUUAACUGAUUGAUUUUCUUUGUAAAUUUGAGCUUAAGAACAAUAAUAAAUAAACGUUUUUUUUUCUAAA